AUCACCUUUGCGCCCCACUCUGGUCAGGAGCCCAGCCCACGUUACCAAGCUCCGCGACCGGCAUUUUUGCACAGAUCGUUCGAGAACUCGAAAUCUAGAGUAUUACCUUCUUCGUGCAGAUCAAAGCUAAUUCAGCAGUAAAUUAAAGAAAGAUUGAAGUGAGAUUUCCAAAAUAGGAUAUUCAAAUAUCUACAAAGCAAUUUGAGAAAAAAUAUAGUGGUGAAAAAGGAUGUCGAGAUUGUGGGCGAGGUUUGCGGGUUUAUUCAGCAGCAAAAAUUUUGUAGGAGCAGACAAAGCGGGCAAUCGCUAUUUUAAAAGGACAGAGGAGCUUGAUGGUAUCAGUAAUGAAGGAAAAGAGAUGGGUGACGUUCAAAGGAGAAGAUGAUCCAACCUCGAUUCCAGUUGAAUGGAUAUGUUGGUUGAAUGGACAACGGAAGAGUGCUCCAACUUCAGAGGAGAUGGCUGAGUUGGAGGCCAGAAGGGAAUUUGUUAAGCUUAAUGUUGCUCGUCUCAGGAAGGAAGAAGAGGAAAGAAAGGCCAAAGAAGGCAAGAGUAAAGCCACAAGCAUUGGUAAAGCCGAUGGUCCAGAUUUAAAGAGUUUCGUUCAACAAUUUCCAGAUGCUUCAGAAGGUGAUAUAAUCCCAGAAACAUCUGAUACACAGAAAGAAGUAAGACAUGCAAGAUCGAAAGAAACUGAAGCCGAGAAAAAUAUGUCUUGUCGUCUCAAACAACAACCAGAGUCGUCAGAGCCAACUGGUUCUGGUGAAUCCUUUAGACCAGGAACAUGGCAACCUCCCACUUGAGAUCACUCAAACAGUGGAUGCAGAUUUAUCUGGUUUUCUUUUGACGUUCUAUUUUUUAUAGUGACCCAGUGAAUGCAGAAGUCGAACACUAGGAAUUAAGGCCACACGCUGUAGCAGUCUCAUUCUUUGUCCGCAUGUAUGUUUUAGAAGAAUUAUUUCUUUCCUUUCUGUUAUCCGUUUCAGGGUCUUGCAACUUUUGGAUGAAUAGUCCUCAAGCUGUGGGAUCUGCAAUUCUGCACCAUGCUGCUUUACCGUUAAAUGUACUGUAAAGUUCUGCUCUAAUAAUAAGUUUUUAAAAGAAAAAUGAAAUUUGAGUACUGUGUACUUUGGGAAAAUUGCAGAAAUAGUGAAGAUUUUCUUGCUUGUUGUA